AUGGAGGGUCGUUGGUUCCAGAAGGAAGAUCGGUGGAAAGACAGAGCGCUAUGUCUACAACACCGCCCCAGAGAUCGUUUCCGAGUCGUCGUCGACCAACACCGUCGCCGACAUAGGUCCAGUGGGUACGUUUCCUCUUCGACGCAACCCUGGCUUCAACGCUUUCGCCAUUUCCGAAGUCAAACAUUAGCCACUUCUUCCACUUUAUACCGUAAAAUAGUUAGCAAAGAGUUUGAUACAGAAGAGGAUUCAGUUCUUACCCAAAUACUUCAGGCUGUUGCUGUUCCUGUUAUUGGAAAUGUUUGCCAUGUUUUCAUGCAUGGACUAAAUCAUGUCCAGAUAUAUGGAGGUGAAAAAUUACAACAAGGAUUGCUCAACAGACCUGAUAAGACACUACUUAUCACAGUAAGCAAUCAUAUUGCUUCCAUGGAUGAUCCAUUGGUUAUUGCUGCACUUCUUCCUAAAAGUCUUCUUUUGGAUGCUCGUAACUUGAGAUGGACACUUUGUGCUACUGAUCGUUGCUUCCGUAAUCCACUCACUUCUGCAUUUUUUAAGUGUGUUAAAGUUCUUCCUGUCUCUCGUGGUGAAGGAAUUUAUCAGAAGGGUAUGGAUGUUGCCAUUGCAAAACUAAAUAGAGGUGGGUGGGUCCACAUAUUCCCUGAAGGCAGUCGUUCCCGAGAUGGUGGAUGUUAGGGACUUUUGGAGGUAGGAUCUUGUUGGAGGAGGUAAAUAAAAGUUGCGGACAAAAUUUCGGGACUUGCGGAGCACCGAGGAGCAAGAUAUCAAUGAAAAGAACAUUUUGGCUUUACAGAGAUUUACACGGCCGUGUAAAUGCAAGCCUUGCGUUUACGCGGGCCUUGUAAACGUAGAUUUCUGCGCAG